AUGAAAUCAGCGUUUCGAAACGGUUACUUCCUCACACUCUCUCGCUCCUUUAACCCUAACCCUCCCCUCCUCCCCUCUCUCUCCUCUCUCCACCUCAUCCCUCCUCGCUCACCGCCACCGUUCCGAUCCGUCCGCCCGCUCGCCGGAAUCUCCAACCGCGCCUUCACCUCCUCCAUGGCCGGCGGUGAACCCCACGCGCCUCCUCCGCUGGAGAAGCAGUUCGAGGACUUCCGCGCCCAGCUCGAAGAGUCCGGAACGCUCCGCGAUCGCAUUCGAGCCGUGGUGGUGGAGAUCGAGUCCACCACUAGGAUUAUCCACUCCGGCCUCCUCUUGGUUCACCAGUCGCGCUCUACACCAGAGGUGUUGGAGAAGCCAAGGGCUCAAAUUGUGGUGCUGAAGGAGCUCUACAGUCGGCUCGCCGAGAUUGUGCGUGAAAGCCCUGGGAGAUAUUACAGGUAUCAUGGUGAUUGGAAGAGUGAGACGCAGACCGUGGUUUCACUGCUUGCUUUUAUGCAUUGGUUAGAGACAGGGACGCUUUUGUUGCACACUGAAGCUGAGGAAAAACUUGGGUUGAGCGGUUCAGAAUUUGGUCUGGAUGUUGAAGACUAUCUUGUUGGUAUCUGCUUCAUGUCCAAUGAAUUGCCUAGGUAUGUGGUUAACCAAGUUACAGCUGGGGACUAUGAUUGUCCAAGAAAGGUCAUGAAGUUUUUGACAGAUCUCCAUGCAUCCUUCCGUCUGCUCAAUCUUCGAAAUGACUUUCUGCGCAAGAAGUUUGAUGGUAUGAAGUAUGACCUAAGAAGAGUUGAAGAGGUUUACUAUGAUGUAAAGAUCCGAGGCUUGGCAGCAAAUGGGGGUUCCGGAGAAAAGCCAGCAGCUUAAGGACAACCAUAGAGUGCAGAAGUAGCACGCUUUUGUUUACCUUGAUCAUGACGUAUUGUAGUCUCCUGCUCUUCUAGAGAAGCAGAUGAGCUCUCUACAGUUUUGUGUCAGAAACUCAGGAUUGUGUGGGAUCAAAUCAAAGCUCUGCUAGUGUUUAAAUUAAGUAACCGGUAGAAAAUACAUGAUUUCAAGGCCAUAGAUAAUUGGUGUAACAAUGAGGAGACGAUCUAACAAUCUGAGGUCCAACCCUUCUAGUCUACU